UUUUAUUUUUCAGCCGUGGAAGCACUGAACUCAGUCCUGACAGCAGUUAUACGAGAGUUUAGGCUUCUCCUUGGAUUUGAAUAAAUAGUUUGGCGGUAAAGAAUACAAUAGUCAAAAUUUGCAAAGGGUCUGUUUCAACGUACAAUGAAUUCUGCAAAUAAAGUUGCUGAUAUAUUUGGCGCUGCAGGGCUAGCUUUCAGUACAUUGGGAAAACUGACCAUGCAAUUGCACUCUUCAGAAAAUGCCAAUGCUGGAUCUAAAUGGAGUGAAGAUGAAAUUGAAAUGCUAAGAAAUUCUAUUAAGAGAUUUGGAGAAGAUCUCGAAAAGUUAUCAGAACACAUUAAAGACAAAACUGUAACCCAAAUCCAUGGAAGUUUGAAGAAAAAGUGUUUUGAAACUGCAGGUGUUUCAUUACCAAGAGUUAUUAAUCAGAGUAGUACACAAACAAAUUCACAUCAGAACAUAGCUUCUAGCCCUCAGCAGACAGUUGUAGUUGUUCAGCAGCCUCAAAUGAUGAACAGCAAACCCACCGCCGAAGUUACACUAAACAUGUUGAAUGCUAGUGAGAAUGAAGUUGAUGUGGAAGGUUUGAAUUUCGAAGGAGCAAAUGAAGUUGUCACAUAAUGUGAGCCUUUCGCGAAUUAUCUAGCAAUGAAGCAAACGUAUAAUACAAGAUUUCGAAGCUGUAAAAUGAAACGUGUAUUAUGUUGCAAACAAAAUGCAUCAAUAUAUUUUAAUGGUGCUCA